UCUUUAUAGACCUCAAGUCGCCUCGCAACCAACAUUCUUGGACUGUCAUGAGGCCCUCCAUCCCUCGGCUCUCCAGGCUCAUAGCGAGCACCCACCCUAUAGCCCAGAUACGCGUCGCCUCCUUACCCCUCCCUUGCACCUCCUCGCUCAGACCUCUCAAAUCCACCACCCUCCCCCCACCUAGCCCAGCAUCCACCCAAAUCCGAGCCAACCACUCUCACUCUUACACCACCCCUCCUUCUUCCCAGAUCAAAGACCAAGUACCGGUGGAAUUGUCGUAUGAUGUGGUCGAGCCUUCGAAGCCGUCGCCAGAGGCCGAGGGGCAGAGCUUGGUGAUCUGCCAUGGGCUUUUUGGGUCGAAGCAGAAUUGGAGGUCUCUUGCCAAGGCGUUUGCUGCCCAGCUUGGUAUGCCAGUCUACACCCUCGACCUCCGUAACCAUGGUCAAUCCCCACACGCCUCUCCCCAUAACUACGCUGCCAUGGCCGCCGACAUCCACCACUUUUUCCAAGCCCGCAACCUCACAUCAGGCGUCAACCUGCUAGGCCACUCGAUGGGUGGAAAGGCGGUGAUGGCGGUGGCAUUGAAUAAAGAGCUGAAUGGGGCGUUGAGGACGCUGAUUAGUGUGGAUAUGUCACCGGCGAGGGGAAAGAUUUCGCCCGAGUUUGCGUCGUAUACGCAGGCGAUGAUUGAUAUUGAAAAGGCCAAAGUCAGGACCAAGCAGGAGGCCGACAAGUUAUUGCAAAGUACUGAGCCUAUGCUGCCUACUCGACAAUUCUUGCUCACCAACACUCGCCUGUCACGCGGGGGCCCCGAGCCCCAUCUCGUCUUCCGUAUCCCCCUCCAACUGCUCUCCGAAUCCAUCCCCCAGAUCGGCGAUUUCCCUUACAAACCCCCUCCCCCUGUUACCGAGGCCUCCCCCGAGUGGCAAGGGCCGACGCUGUUCAUCAAGGGCGAGCACUCGAAAUAUAUCAACAAGCACAAUAUCCCUGUGGCAGAGCAGUUCUUCCCGAAUAUGAAGCUGGAAGUGCUCGACACGGGGCACUGGGUGCACGCUGAGAAGCCUGCAGAGACGGUAGAGUUGGUCAAGGCGUUCAUCCAGGGAGCUUAGAACUUGGAAGUAGAGGGAGAAGGUGUGAUUACGUCGUUAUCAGAGAUAAACUCUAUUGCAUAUGCCGGUGCUUACCAAGAUGAUGUUUAUACUCGCUUCCGGCCAUUGAUGCAUUGCUGCAAAUAGCAGUUCGCUACUGCGGUGGUGGAGACGAUUACAAAGAGGCGCCAUGCGCCGCGCGCCGGGGGGCAGCUGCAAUGGGCAACCCUAUGCAUGGGUCUUACGGAUGCUAUGCACGAUCUGGAGAUAUGCAUGUAUCUAGAAAGUCCACGAGAAAUCCAUGGCUGCG